AUGGCGGGUGCGAACCCACGUUCUUUCGGAUCGUUCAUCAUCAUCCGAGUCGGUAUUGUCUUCAUCGUCUCCAUCUCGGCUACUAGCAUCAGUUUGCUCAUCCCAGCUCUUUUUCCCUCGCCGGUACAAUGGGCGGGGGUUGACGCCCAAGUCAGGAAGCGUAUCGCUGUAUACUCGGCACUAUAUCCAAGGGAGUUGCGAAACUUACGUAGUUCCCGAAGCUCCGAAAAUUUCUCUUCACCCGGAGAAAGCACUAGAACACCAGAGUUGAAUAUAUCAGGCCAACCUACAUCCGGGGCAGCUGAAAACUCGUGGGGAAUCGUAAAUAGACCAAGCGAUAGCAAGGAGCAAGUUCUGCUCUUCAAUCUCAAGUUUGUUGGGUUAGGCGCGCGCUUAUCUGGCGCUUAUAGCUGCACAGCUUUGGAAGUGGACGCUCAAUUAGGCAAAGCAGGGAUUUCAGACAGUCUUUCUGUAACUCAACUGCAGGCUCUUCAUACCCUUCUUCUUCUUCAAGGCUCCCAUCUUUCUGAUGACCUGAAGUCUCUGCCUGCCUGCCUUCAAGCUCAACUGGCCCUCAAUUCCUCUGCUCCUUCUUUUCCUACCCCAUCUCCUUCCCCAGAGAGACUCCCUAGGACCAGCAGUAUUUCUUUGGCUAGAGCUAGACUUAGGUCUCCUGGGCUCCUUUCACAGCCUAGGACAACUUGUGAGGUGGGAAUCCAGGUAGCAGACUCAGAUUUGGCUCCAGAGAACUUCUCGAGACCUCCUUCUCCUGCUUCUACCUCUGACUACGGAGCUGGCUCAGAGUUGGGAGGAGAAGGCCAAGGUCUGCGGGAUGACGCCGGCGCAGCGAACUACGCUCCGGAUACUGGCGCCAACUCCCGCAACCACAACAACUACAACAACUACGACGCCCACAACACCAGCAACAGCACCCACAACUACGCGCAGGAUUCGCUCACGCAGGGCGCGCUCCCCAAGGCCUUAGACCAAGGCAAAGCUAAGGAUGGAGCGCUCCUCGGCCACCCAUUCUACUACGGGCCACAAGAAGAUCCCGGCCUUGCCAACGAGAACCCUUUCCCCAGCGACCAGCAUCGCGAAGAUUCUGCAGACCCUGACUCACUCCUUGAAGCUCUCCUAGACGAGCUUCUCAACGACCGCGAAUUGGACGACCGCAAAUUGGACGACCGCAAAUUGGGCGAACGUGAAUGGGACGAUCGCGAAUGGGACGAUGGCGAACGGGACAAUCGUGAACGGGACGAUCGCAAAUGGGACGAUCGCAAAUUGGAUGACCACGAAUGGGAUGAUCGCGAAUUGGAUGAUCGCGAAUUGGAUGACCGCGAAUGGGACGACUGCGAAUUGGGCGACCGCGAAUUGGAUGACCCCGACUUCAAUACCCGCCAGGCCUGUGACUCUCAUCAGAAGGAGGACGCAAUCUUCCUCUCAGACUUAGACCCUCUAAUCUUAUCCCUAUCAGAGGAGGAACAGAGGGGGCCCUUAGUCAACUCUACUGCAGGGCAGCCAGGCUCACGUACUGAUCCUGUUUCUUCUCAUUUUGCCACGGCACACGAAGAUCCAGCCUCCCGCAAGCGACGACGUUUACGUGAAUCUCUUGGGGAAGAGGUUCCUGCCAGGGUAGCGGUACCAGGGGUAGCUGACGCAAGACCAGAUUGCAAUCGUAACGGGGCCUCCGCUUCACGCAAGAGACUGCAGGUCAAUCAUCGGACCAACCUGGCUUCAGGAGAACGGGGGGAGGAGGAGGAGGAGGAUACUGGACAGCAGUUUCUUUAUGAAGCCAGCCUUCACCCCCGCGCUCCACCCAAAGAGGUUACCGAUGCAUCUUUGGGGUUAAUGUUGCGUUUGACUGGGGGGGCUGGUUGGGGAACUGAUGUUUGGGCAGAAGAUAUCCUACGAAUUGUGGCUUGUGUGGAUUGGGAGGAAGCAUCCGGAGCGCUGAGUAGCUACUCCUUGCUUCAUCUAGCUCAAAGAUGUAGUAGGGCUGAAAAGAUAGAUACUGGGGCUACCUUUGUCAGAAUGAUGUGCGAACUGUUUCUGGCAGCAAAAGUGAACAGUAUACUUCACGAGAAUUCCAAGGACGGGGCCCCACUCUCAAGUGCCUAUCCCGCAAUGACUAGCGUUGUAAGCGAAGGUAUAACCCGAAAUAAUAUGCAUAAUUGGUUGAACGCGGGCUCACGCUGGGGGCGUCUAGCUUCAGCCGCUUCUAAAUUAAGAUCGAAAGCAGUUAGCAGUACUGUAUUAUUUGCUCUGUGUAACGACCUACGGUGGCCAGAUAACCCUUAUCGUCUAGUUCCCGCUAUCGCAAAAUUACAAAAAUUGAUUCCUCUUCAGAUCCCCACAUUAUAUUCUCCUAUUAUUCAAAAACGGAAAAACAUUCCCAAAAUUCUUCUCUGCCAGGACCUUGUAACCAGUGAUCGGGCCUCAUUCAAUCUCGCACGUAAAGAAGAAAUAUGGGAACCAGUUUUAUCUUUUGCACCAGAGGAAGGAGACGAUCCUAUUUCUUUUAACAACCUUGGGAACCGAUACCUUACCCAGUCAUCUGGGGUUGAAGACAUGGACCAAGACUUGGACGCCUGGGAACCUGGACUAGAUUUCGACUAUCGGGAGAGGGGAGAAGGAUUUUCCACAUCAGAUAAUCAGUUUGCUAGCUCCUACGGAGGGAGUCCUGAGGAGGGUAAUAUCCUUCAAUUGAAGAGUUGGUUCAGAGAAGAUUCGAUUGGAAAGAGUAACCCGUUUCCAGCUAAAAUAUCUUCACGUAAAACUUGGACAGAAGAAAAACGCGCAGCAGCUUCGAAAGCUAUUAGUCCUGGAAAUACAGAAGAGUUGGCAGAAAAACUGAAGGAUAGAUACGACCAGGUUACGGGAAAGAUUAGAAAAAAUCAGAAAUGGCUAAAAGUCCCUCAACAUAUUAUCGCAGGGAGAGAGAUUAACUUGUGGGAUCAGGACGGCAAAUUGAUUUUCCACAUCGAUGGGACUCUCAGUUCAGAAGUCCGGACCAAUCUGUUCAAUUCUCUAAAGGCCUGGUGUCAAACAGCCAGCUUGUCUAUGUUUGGCAUGGAUUUGAAGACUACGGAUUCUUCCUCCAAUACUGCUUUCACUGCUCUACAUUUUUCCUACCACGCUAAAUACGGGGUUAACACUAUUACCCGACUACCAGAUUUCUUCCAAGGUUUGGCUGGGGAAAUUGACAUCGUUCCCCUUUACGAUUCCACUCCAGGGCGCCCUUUCAGAAGUAUUGUGAUCAAUCUCAACUGCGCCACCUUGGCUCAUAAAGAUCAGCAAGAUCAAAAAGGUUGUAUAGUUUUAGUGAUCAGUAGUUGCUCAGGCGGGGAAUUGUGUUUUUUUGAGCCAAAGUUGGUGCUGGAAAUGUUUAACGGGGACUUUGUGGCUUUUCCUUCAAGACGCUACACACAUUUCAAUCUUCAUUAUCAAGGAAUCAGAUCUUCUCUAGUAUUACAUUCAGAUAAAGAUGGGGAAUCCUACAAGAGAGACGGAAACGGCUGGGUUCACAACGAUUUCGUAUUGUAA